UGACCCACGAAGUCACGUGGCGCCCGGGACAACAUGGCUGCGCCCGCGCUGGGGUCGGCCGGUGGGCGCCGCGCCGCGCUCGCGCUGGUGGUCCUGCUGCCGAUGCUCGCGCUGCCGGGCGGGGCGGCGGCGGGCGCGGAGGUCGGGACGGGCUCGUGCGGCUGCGGCGCCCCCCAGCGGCCCGGGGUCCCCGGCAACGCGGCGGCCGCGCACCGCUACUCCCGGGAGGCGAACGCGCCGGGCCCGGGUGCUGCCCCGCGGCCUCUCGCGCCUGCUAAGAUGGUCUCCAUCCCCGCCGGCGUGUUCACGAUGGGCACGGAUGACCCGCAGAUCAAGCAGGACGGGGAGGCGCCCGCCCGGAGAGUCACCGUGGAGGCCUUCUACAUGGACGCCUAUGAAGUCAGCAACGCCGACUUCGAGAGGUUCGUGAACGCCACCGGCUACCUGACCGAGGCUGAGAAGUUCGGCGACUCCUUCGUCUUCGAAGGCCUGCUGAGCGAGCAGGUGAAGGCCGGCAUCCAGCAGGCGGUGGCGGCUGCUCCCUGGUGGUUACCUGUGAAAGGCGCCAGCUGGCGACACCCAGAGGGGCCCGACUCGACUGUCCUGCACAGGCCGGACCACCCGGUCCUGCACGUCUCCUGGAACGACGCGGUCGCCUACUGCGCGUGGGCCGGGAAGCGCCUGCCCACGGAGGCCGAGUGGGAGUACAGCUGCCGCGGGGGCCUGCACGACAGACUCUUCCCCUGGGGCAACAAACUGCAGCCGCGGGGCCAGCACUACGCCAACCUCUGGCAGGGCGAGUUCCCUGUGACCGACACCGGCGAGGACGGCUUCCGCGGCACCGCGCCCGUCGAUGCCUUUCCUCCCAACGGCUACGGCUUGUACAAUAUCGUGGGGAACGCGUGGGAGUGGACAGCAGACUGGUGGACCGUGCGCCAUUCUGCUGAGGAGACGCUCAACCCAAAGGGCCCCCCCUCCGGGAAGGACCGGGUGAAGAAAGGCGGCUCCUACAUGUGCCAUAAGUCCUAUUGCUACAGGUACCGCUGUGCAGCCCGAAGCCAGAACACCCCCGACAGCUCCGCCUCCAACCUGGGAUUCCGCUGCGCCGCCGACCGCCUGCCCAUCACCAGCUGAGCCCAAGCAGAGCCGCCCCAGCAAGGAGAAGGCGUGUCCCACCCACGCUCAGCCUCCCUGGGCAGGACGGGCCACCCGUGUACAGACACCUGGGGCGGGGCGGACCCGCCAUCUGCCAAAGGAACCACUUGUGAGACCAAAUCACUGACCUGCACCAGCACGUGACCGCCGUGCUGCGAUCGGGACCAUUGCCAUGUUUCCCUUUGGGGGACUUUUAAAGAGGAGGGGGUGGAGGGGGCCCGGAGCGAGGCUUCGGGGGCUGUGCUCUCCCCAGGCGCUGUCUGGGGUUAGACCCCAGGUCCACGGUGACCGUCGGCCAGGGAGGGGGAGCUGGGGCCUCUGCGGCUCCCGGUUCUACAUGUCAGAGUGUGUAGUGAUUGCACAGGGGCGUCUAUGGCAGGGCAUUUCUCAGCUGUUCCCCACGGGUGACCUUGCGUAAUUCUAAUCGUGUAAAGUCAGUCUUCGGGUUCUUCUGGGGAAGGUGGGCGUGGCCCCGAGUCUUACAGUCACUUGCACUUUGAUUUUCAAGGACAAGGGUGUCGUUCAUGCUGUUACGAUGACUCCCAUGCGCUGUGGCCGUGGGCUUAAGGUCAGCUUUCUGAACACACGGGAAGUCCGUGGGUGACUCUACUGAGCUUUAUCUUUAACGUUAAGUGCCUUUGGUUCAGGGGGGCAGUCACAGCCCCAGCCCCCCUCCCCAAAGCCUUCUGUGGGUGUGGGUGUGGGUGUGUGCCAAACAAAGAAGCCUGCUGAACCCAGGCGCAGGAGCGGCGGCGCAGGAGCGGGGGCUGCGUUCUGGGCCCCGAGUGUGUAAGGGAAGCAGGCCCGCUGGCUGUGGGGUCGGUGCCUGAACUCGCACCACGUGGAAUAAACUGUCUGCCGAGUCCGCC